AUGGUUUACUAUCUGCACGGUAAUGAUUUACCAUGUGGCACGGCCAUAGUCUACUACCCGCACGGCUUCCGGACGGCAAAUGGUUUACUAUCCGCACGGCAAUGGUUUUCUAUCCGGUGCCCUGGCUGCACCGCUAAGCUUUCUGAUGAGAAUCUACUCUUUCUCUAUCUUUCCCCAUCAACACGGGCUGUGUUUCAACAAAAACCUCGAGGAGGACCGGCACCAGUUUUGGAGGACAACGUAGGAACCGGACCGCAUUCAACAUUCUGCCUUUGUCGAAUGGACGACGUAUCCGGUCAAAUUCAUUCCAUCGAUGCGUGUCAGGUGAUGGUCGGUGCAAUGGAGGGCCAGAUUAGAUUAGGAUACUCUCACUCUCUGAUGAGGUAUGGUAUUAUUUAUGUAUGUAAGUAA